ACAACAACAACAACAACAACAACAAAACAACAGCUAUUUGAAAUAUUGAAAAAUAAUUGUUUUAUUAUCAUUAACAAAAGGAUGUGUGGAUGAAUGUAUCACCAACAGUUGUCUCGACGUCAACGUUUAACGCUGUAUUUUUUAUUUGUAUUUUGACAUUUUUUAUGUCGGGCCUCUGAAACAAGAUGGUGAUAUAUCAUUAUCACACUAUUGCUACAAUAAACAAUUCAUAUUUUAUCGACAGAACGUCUUAGGAAAGUCAUCCAGAAUUUGAAACUAUAAACGAGCAAUCAUGGAUAUGAAAAUGUGUUUCCUUCUGUUUGUCGUGUAUACAGGUUGCUGGACACUUGAGCACUCGCCACAACAGCCAAGGGCGUGGAACCUUAACCGUGACCCCCAGGACCAGCGCCCGGCCUUCUUGGAGCAGGACGCUGAGUCAAGCGUUGGCCAUGGCCACCUGCCGACGGACGUAUACGGCUGUCCGGAAGCAUGUACCAUGGAGCUACGGUCCGUCUGCGGAAGUGACGGACAGACGUACGACAACUUAUGUCUCCUAAACGUCGCCGCGUGCAAAAUGAGGAGGAGGCUGUUUGUGGAGAAGAAUGGAAGGUGUUAGCCGCUCUGACUUUCUUUGUGACUAAACGUGUAUUAUACAUUUAUAAUCUUAUACAAUGUACAUGCAUAUACAGUUUCGUGUACAUUUUAUGAGGAUUACCAUAAACAAUGAAGAUUCA